CUUGCGUCUCAGUCCUGGCACCAGUUUGCUCUGCAAGCACCGAAAGGUGGAGAGAUUUUCCCCAUCACACACUCUUACUGUCAAACACACACGUUCAGCGAGAGACUCGGGACGCAUCCACACGUAACGGGACUAUGGACCUGAGCCUGCGAGAUGCUCUGGGUGGGGGUGGCGGUGGCGUCCAAGGUGGGGCCCCUGGUGAUGCCCUCCUGAAGAGAGACUUUGUGGCUUCACUGGAGAAAGAGAGCUACGAUGACAAAGUUGGGGAGACGGUCUCCAAGAGUGACUACCGACCCUUACUGGAUGGAAAGGACACCAAGAGCGGUCCAGGGAUGAUGUCAUCAAUGAUGUCAUCAGGAGGACGCCAAGACCCACCAGGACAGCCUGCCUUCAGCUCUGACUACCUGUCUGGUCCUAUGCGUGGGAUGACAGAUCAGUGGAGCCUGAACAAGACAAAGGACAGCAGCAAGCCUGACUCAUUUCUAGGCUUUUCUCAACCUGGGAUUGGAGGGACCAUGGGGUCCAGUAUGCCACCCUUCCAGACCAGUAUGAGCACUACUCUUGGCCAGACUGGAAUGAGUCCAGCUAUGGACACCCAGAAAAGUUCAAGCCAUUUUGGUGUGGAAAGCAAAACCAUCAGUAACACCAGUGGGAGCAGUCCCUUUAAAAGCAGCGAUCCAUUUUCUUCCGGUGGCAUGGGAAUCCAUUCCAUGAAUCACUCUGCAGCUCCCAUCCUCUCUCCCAGCGGCUCAGUGGAUGACAGCAGUGCUACAUCCUCCAACUCUGAACCCCUCAGCCCUGACAGAGCAGGGCCGGGGAACGAAGCCGGCAAGCAGCAGCAGCGGCGACGGAAGAAGAAGAGGAAGGGCCGUGAUGAGGUCUACGACUUCUUGGAUAGCCAGGAGAAUAACAUCAGCAGGAUGCAGGAUAAAGGCAGAAGGGAGGUGGAGGAGGACGAAGAUGAGGAGGAGAACUGGGAGUGGGAGAUCAGAGAGAGUGGAGGAGGGGGUAGGGUAAAAGGCAGAAAGACUAAGAGUCGGGCAAGACUUCCAGAGGAGUGGGGAGCUCCACAGCAGCCUGUCUCUCCCACACCAGCUACAGUUGCCCCUAAGUGGGCUGCAGGUGCUGACAUUGGCUCUAGUGACCCCAAAGCUCCAAACUCCAUCCCCAGCCCCACUCUACCCUCUGCCCCUGAACAGAUACCCACAAGUUUUACCAACUGUUCCCAUGUUGGCCAAGUAUCAGAUUUGUCUUCGCGCUCCUACGAGCCUAUGUGUUUAGAUGACUUUUCUGUGUCUGUUAAAAAUGGGCAAAAGCCCAUUGAAGAGAGAAUGUCAGCCAAACCUGAAAACCAUAUUAGCACAGCUGCUAGUACAGUCACCAAGAAUAGUUUAGCUGGGGAUGUCAGCGGUAGCCUAGCACUAAUGACAGGGGACAACCUAAGCCCUGUCUCCCAGACCUUCUCUUUCCUUGAUUCAGUUCUCCAGACCCCACCGGGUUCCACUCCCGACUCCCAGACAACCACCCCCAUCACCAACACAGCCUCACUUGCUCCUGCUUCCCUCACAAAGUCAACCCCAGUAGAAACCACUGUCCCUGCUUCACAAGCUGCUUCUGAUUUCAACCCUUUCAAGAGCACUUCAGACCUUCCCCCCACUGUGUCCACCAGUCCAUCACCUUUAACUUCAGCAGAAACAUAUCCUUCAGCAGCCAUAGCUGGAUCGGCCCUCAAUGUCGAUGCCAAGCCUUUCAUCCCCUCAGCCACACUAAUGUCCUGCACAGCUACCCCCAGUAAUUCGGAGGCCACUCCUGUUGUUAGAACAGCAGCAGUGGUCUCCACGGGAACCGCCGGUCCUGCAUCCUCUACCACUUCAGCCACACCUCUUAAUUCCUCAGCUGCUUCCUGUAAGAAAGAAGCCACCCCUGCAUCGUCAUCACCAGACACUCCCCCCAAAUGCGUACCAGUGUCCCUUAGCUCAGCCACACCCCCUCCUCCCAUCACCCAAGCAGCCCCUCCCUCUCUCCCUGCACACUCAGACCACCAGGAGUCCUCGUCGCCACAGCUCCCCCCAUUGGAAGUUAAAUCUGACAACAAAGACAAGCAGGAGAAGACUGACACCGUGUCUGGGAAAACAGACAAGAUUGACAACUUUGACAAGAAGGAAGAACAGCAGAAGGACUACGGCCCAGACAAGAACCAGAAGUCUGAGAAGAUAAUCAAAAACGAGGAAAAGCUAGAGAAGAUGAACGCGGAGAAAAACAACAAGGCGGAAAAGGUGGACAAGCCGGAGAAGACCAACAAAGAUGAGAAGAAGGAGGAGAAGGGUGUGAAAGGGACGGCCAAGUCUCCCACAGGGAAUGGUAGCAAGACCCUGGCGAGCCCUGACAGCAAGAGCAAGCCUAAUGCAGGUUCCACCAAACCAGAUUCUGCCAAAUCACGCCCAUCCACUCUCUCCACAAAUGGCGAGGCCAACUCGGCCAAACGCCCCUCCCCCACCACUGCUUCAGCCAAUAAAAAAAGCCCUGUACCCAAGGCAACUACACCUACUGCUGCCAAGCGGCCGCCAACAGCAACUAGCUCUGCUAAGGCUGCCAAGACUCCAGAAAAUGGGGAAAAACGUCCACCUGUGCCAAAGGCCACGCCCGCUCCCCGUACAACUGCCAGUAAGAAUGGCUCCUCUGCAACUGCUGCAGGCAAGACUGCAGCCAACAAGAACGACAAAACUGAGAGCAAGACCAGUGAGGCCAAGAAACCCAAGACUACACCCCGUCCUCGCCCAGCCUCAACCGCCGCUCCUGCUACCCCGGCUGCUUCCACCAAUGGAGAAUCCAGUGCCACUCACCGCCGUCGGGUCAUCACCAAACCCCCUGUGCCCAAGCAGACUCCCCUGGAUAAGAAACCAGCUGUUCCCCGUGCUCCCCGCACCCCCCGACCCAUCAAUGCUCCAACACCAGAUCUAAAGAACGUCCGUUCCAAGAUUGGUUCCAUUGACAACAUCAAGUACCAGCCUGGUGGAGGAAAGGUCUCUUCCACCCCGAACAACAAGACAUCAGACCCCUCCACCCCUGCUGCCAAGGCCAGAGUUCAGAUAGUGCACAAAAAGCUGGACUUCAGCCACGUCACUUCUCGCUGUGGCUCCAAGGACAAUAUCAAACAUGUCCCUGGAGGUGGCAAUGUGCAGAUCCUGAAUAAGAAGGUUGAUGUGAGCAAGGUAACAUCCAAAUGUGGCUCCAAGGACAACAUCAAACACAAGCCAGGUGGUGGUGAUGUGAAGAUUGAGUCUCAUAAGCUAAACAUUAAGGCUAAGUCUAAGAUUGGAUCCGUGGACAACGUGGGGGCAGGAAAUGGACAGACCAAUGGACAAAAGGAAGAGAAAACUGAGCAGAAAACAUCAUCACCCCCAAGUGGCACUCAGACAACAGGACCAGGAGUCACUGCUAAGGCAACAGCACCUGGAGGUGUUGCUAAGGAGAACAGCAUGAAGGAAACCACACCCACUCCUUUUGGGGGAGAUGGACUGAGGGAGCCCCUCAGUGCAGAGAAAUGCAUCACUGAGACAAACUGAGUCCCAAUGACCCGCAGAUUUUGGCGGGACACGCAUGGCGCUCGCUGGCCUGCCAAUCAACUACCAACCAACUACCACGGCGCAGUCACUUUCCUCUGAUCCCGCCCUUCAUCUUGCCCACUGCAGCACCGAACUGACCGAUCGCCUCUCAGUGUUUCUCUGGGAUCUGCCUGCCAGCUUCCUGCUACCAACUCUGACCUUUGGCCCCUUGUCACCCUUGGGUUGCCCCACCUACCACAGAGAAAAGUAAUUGCUGUUUGUCCAUGUUUCUCUGUGCAGGUUUCCACCAGCUUCUCCACUGAUGCCAUUUCCUUGUAAGCACUGACUAAGGUCAUUCCAACCUUAAAGCCCAAAUGUAACAACCCCAAAGCAAUAAUCCCACAAUCAAUCAAUCAGUGCUCUAUUAAGUAUCUUGACCAUAGCCACUUUUUCUCAUAGAAUGUUCACCCUACUAGUGAAAACAGUUGCCUCAGAUCACAGUAAUGGAGCUUUGUUCUAGACCCUCUGGCAGGCUUUGACAUUUAAAAACCAAACUAACAAAAACAGCACCAUUCGUAGGUCAUCAGACGUCUCAUUACAGGUCAGUCUACAAUUCAUCACACGUUACUUCUCUUAGUAUCAGUGCACCAGUUUGUCUCUUCAGAGUUCUUCACAAUAAUGAUUCCUUGAAUUUUAAUAUUAUGAUGUUUGUAGUCGUGGCUGCAAAGAGCACAAAAUGAAUCUGGUCUCGAGCGGCUAUGAAGAGAGAUGUCUGGAAGCAAAUCUGAAGAUGGAUUUUAAAACCAGUGCAAUAGCAUCUCAAAAGUCAGAUGGUUUUAGUACAAUUGAAAUCAUUUAGCGAUGUAACUCGUGCAUUAUGAAGGCAGCAAGAGGGAGGAUACAGGAGCUCUGCUGAUACUCGGCUCAAAGAGGAUUUGGCACAAAAAAAUCUGUGUUUGAUCUCAGAGCCAAGUGUUUUUAAAGUUAAGAUCUCUCUAAUUGACCUUGAAGGAGUGAAUAUAAAUUCCAGCUGAAUGAGUGAUAUUGAAGGAUGGUAAUAAACCUUGAAAUUAAACAGAGUGGCACAGAACACAUGCACUCUAUAAUGUAAUGUAGCACUUAUGAUGGACAGUGUCAAUCACAGUGUCACAGGAUUCUUUCUAAACAUUCAGUCACACCAGCACAUCAAAUGUCUCCAUUUCAGAGUCAUUAUAGUGUAGACCUGUGGAAUCUGUGUGAUGGUCUAUGGUUGGCAUGUCCAUACAGGCCAAAUGGUUCCUUGCAAAUUUUCACUGCUGACUAAUAGUAAGCCGUCUUGACAAUGCUGAGAGAACAAAGCAGUUUUCAACUGAGGAAGCUACUGUAGGGAUCCAGCUGUUUUUCAACAUCAGCUUUUAUUUCACCUCGGUACGCUCGGGAGCUUUUUUUUCCUUUUCUUAGUACUUGAUUGAAAUUAUAGGGCACAAUCUCUGGCACAGUAUAAAAAAAUGUAGAAGCUUAGAGAGCUGUUGUGAUGACUAACUCUACAGCAUGCUUUCUGCUUGCUAUAUUCCAGGCCACCUGCAGUAUUAAGUCAUUUGAAUUUGUUAACAUUUGUUCAUAUAUCAGGAUAUACUAACAAAAACUUCUGCUUUAGAUAAAUGAGUACAAUUCUUUUUCUUUCUCUGUUACUUACUGUCCACAUUCUCCAGAGGAAGUUGAAUACUUUGAUUUGCAACCUCUUUUCCCAAAAAAGGCAGAAGACUUUGUAGAUCAUUAAAAUGUCGUUUGGUGUUAAAAUGUUCAUUUGAAAGCAUAUUGUUGAGAUAUUCACUCAAGCUGAACUAGGGUUUAAUGAGUCACUGUUAGCUUUAUUUAACCAGGAGAGCAAUUAAGAACACUUUGGGUAAAGGCAUUUAAAAGGUAAAAGAACAUUUCUACACACCUGAAGCCAUUUCUACACGCUCACUGGUGAUACACUGCCCCAUAGUGGCAGAGGUUUUACUUACAUUUUUCAACAAUUACAAAAUGUUCCUUAAGGUGAUCCAACUGUUUUUGAAAAAUCCUGCUGAUGUUAAAAAUGUAAUGGCUUUUGCAAAGCACUGCAUUCUGCAUUUAUUUACAUUUUACACAUGGCCAACUUUUUGGAAAUGAGGUUGCAGAUCAGUCCUCUGCAAAGUCAUCUGAUAUAUCAGCACUGCGGAUAUUUUGUUUUGGGAUGGUGAAGGUAUUCAAGUACUAGCUUAAUCAACAGCUAUUUCAAGACAUACAAGUCAUUAUUUGAGCUUUGAAGGGUACUACACUUAAAAUCAACAUCAUUGUUUGGCUCCUGCACUGAUUGCAAACCUUCACACCCACUCAUUCACCUGCACCCAUCAUGAGGGACCUCAGCAGUCACCCUGAGCUUGUAUGGCAUUUCCUGGUCAUGUGGUUGACCCCAGUGGAGGGUUUGGGGCUGCAGACCAACAUUCUCUAGUUAAAUCCUCCCUCCUGCUGGUGCUUUGUAGAGCCCACUCCAUAAAACCAUUUAGUCUCACACACAUAAGCACAGACUGAUACAGGAAAGCACACAUAUGCUUGCUGGUGUGCAUACACAAAUAGACACACAAACACAAAGCACCACCGAAAAAAGGUGGUGUGCUGACGACAAAGCAUUUCUCUGUUCUGGAAUCAAAGCAACUCUUCAUUGUUUUCCUUUUUUUGUCUGUCUGUUAUUUUGGUGGUCCAUGCCGAUAUUGUUCAAAUAGUGAUGAGCUGUGUCAGUGUGAUGUUCCUAUUAUACCAUUUUCAUGAUGGUAUCAUCGCCUCAUUGCACCACCUCCUCAUCUGUCACCUCUACCUGUGUCUCACUCCAGUUCUCUGACAGCAAUACAGUGUAGGGAAAGCUUCCAGUUACCUGCACAUGCACAGGGCGUUCAGAUAGAGAAGGACAGACAACCACUGAUGUUAUCCAGUAGUUAUGAGAGGAGAGAGAUUGCGUAAAUGAAAUAAUGUAUUCAUGGCUGAUCUAACACCAGAGUUUCCUUUGUAGUGAUUUACUUAUACUAGACUGGACUGUCUAGUAGAUUGAAUUUACUGAGCGCUAUUUAGCCACCGUGACUACCCACAGUAGCAGAUGAUGAAAUGCCUUCUCUGGCGUAUAAAUGAGUUUACCCUACAUCUGUAGUGUAAAUAGAAGGAGCUAAAUAGUUCUUGUUUGGUUUUUUGCUUAGUUUGUGUGAUUUUUUUAAAAAGUUUUGUUUAAGUAAAAACCUCAAAGUUAAAAAAAAUGUAAAAAUUGAAACUCUUAAAGUAAACUGGACAGCGGGAACUGCCCAGCUCCAACAUGCCAUGAAUGCAGCAGUAUUUCAGCCAAGCACAUCCGAGAGGAGCCUGCAGAUACUAUAAUGAGGCCCACUGAGUGUAAGCUAUAAAAAUAAUGCACGGGAUCACAGUACACACACAAAAAACCUGAAUGGCUUAAUGCUUUAUAGGAAAUAAUCAACUGAAAGCCAAGUGUGCUCAUUUUGUUGUAAUUCCAGAUGCUAUCUUAAGAAAUCAAACAUGUCAGUUUUAGGUACAGUUUACAUUCUAAUAAGCCAGCACUGUGAUGUGACUUUGAUUUGCACACUGAAAGCAUCGCUCCGUAUCAGCCCGGUAAUACGGACAGGCCCCGUGUGCUCAGUGUGCAUUAAAAGGCUGGGAUGGUCUCUGCUGAAAACACUGAGGGAUUAGUGACAUGUCUGUGGCGUGCUCCCAUAGUUGUCAGAUGUGUGAAGUGUUACUACUGCAUCCAUCCUGUAGAGAGCGCUGCUUAGCCUCUGGAACACUGAUAGUCUGGCUCUUAACAAAGGCUGAGUGAAAAAGCUUACGUCACUAUUAGAGAUGCUGCAGAAGGCUUCCAUUCUGCCCUCAUUCAAGCUAUCACUAUAUUAUUGUGUCUGGAACACUAAAUAUUAUCAUAAUCAUACAAAUUAUGUACAGUUCCCCAGAAAACUCUAAAGUCUCGUGCACUUGAACAUAGUCUUGUUCAUUUUAUUGAUGCACUUAAGUGAUAUUAAAGUUGCUUCACUGUAUGUUGGUAAACAUUGUCAGCAGUGUACUGUACAUGUGUGCUUCUGGGAACAAAACAGUUUUGGUAGCUAGAUGACGUUAUAAUAUUCAAAGAGCAAGUGAUCAAAUAGUCAACAAUUAAGACAACUAAAAGCACCAUUUAAGAAUAUUCAAUAUUGUGUUGUUCCCUCCAGAUCAUUCCCAUGCGUUGCCUAAAAGUAAAAUGUCUUACAUGACAUAUGCGUGGGUCAUAUGUGAAAUUAAUGAUGUGAACCAACUUUCUUCUGGAGCAGAAGAACAAAAGUAUGAAAGCACUUUGGGUUGUGGAUCGUGUAUAUAUAAGAAGUAAGGUGUAGCUCCAUGCGUGAACAUCUGGUGGGAUGAGCUGAUGUUGUGUGUCUAGACCUGGAUUUUUGUGGCAUUGUACUGUUGGCUACGAUGAUUUGACGCUCAGCUCUCCAGUCUGCUCUCAUGUUGUUCCUGUUAACAUUCCCUGCGUCUUAUUUUCUGGCCAAGCUGCAGAAUAACAUUCUGUAAGAAGUCCAUUCAAGGUCUUUAAUGACCUUUUGGAGGAGCCAGUGGGCCCCUUGUUUGAUUUAUUCUGAGAGCGCUGACUUUAAAACUAUCUCUGGUCAAGAACAGGUUUCAGUGUUAGCAUACAGUGUGUUAAUGUUAGCAUACAGUGUGUUAAAUAACAAAAGCUGAUGUUAUGAAAUCAAGACUGUUAAAAUGGCCCUUUUAUAAACAUGUUGAGCUCCAUAUUUAUAUUCUUGGACUAGAGUAGAGUUCAAAAUAAUGCUUGCUGGUCUUUUGCUUGUGCAGUCCCUCACUUCAUCCUAUACCUGAAAUAAGCCUUUAAAUCAGCUUUGUUCUGAUUGACGGAUCCUAUGAUUUGGACAAAGUAAUCUCACGAUUUUUUUCUAUUGUAAGGUAAAUAUUCUAAAGUAAUACAAUUCUAAUGUUAUUCAAGUUAAGUUAUAUACAUUGACAGAAAAUACAGGAAAGCCCCACAGACCCUCUUUAAAGCCUGUUUCAUUUUGCAACACAUUAAAUCAAAGAAAGAAUUCGUUAACAACAGAAAAAUUCAAAAAUAUUUAAGGCUUUCCACCCUGGCAACCAGUAUUUGUACACAAUUUUAUUUGUAUUUAUGAGUAUACACAAACUUUUCAAUGUGAAAAAAGACUGUUAAUUUACAAAGUUCUUUAGGAGCAGCUUUUUGGGACCAUUGAUUAUGAGCCAGACAGUAGCCUACAACAUGCUUGUAUCAAUGCUCCCAAGUUAGCAGAUAAAAAGAUUGAUGGUGGAGCCUACUUGGUAAGUGGGUUAUGAAAAAUUUAGAGGCAGACAUGUUAAUUUAUAUAUAUAAUAUGGCCUUAUCUUAUAAAUGAAAAGAAUGUGUAGAUUUGAAGAGCUCAAAUAUUCUUAUCAGUUUCAAAAUGCAAUCUAGUCCAGCUGAGGUUUUUGUGAUUUGAGUCUUGUCUUUGGAUAUUCAGUAAGGAACCCAAUGGACCCUUCAGUUAGUAAAGUUUUAAUAGAACCAUGGGAAUGUGCUCAGUGUUUACUACAGUCAUCAGGAGUGUGAUACAGUUAAUGUUACUUUGGAGCUUGGACAGAAAGUAAGAGUCAGAUUCACUCUGAUGUCCGUUUGAACUCCCAGUUAUUGCACUCAAAUACCACCCUUCCACUAGUAUUUCACACUGUAUAUAGACACCAUCACGUUUUUAUCACUCCGCGUGUAACUCAAAUUAGUUCAAAUGAAAUAAAAAGAAGAAAAAAAAAAUCUUACUUCUUAACAGGGUGUAGUGGAUGUUGAUAGACGGGCAUUUAUGUUCAUAAACCUAGUUAGAGUUGAGGUAAGACAUUCUGGUAAGACUGAAAGCAUAGGGAAGGAAAAGUGUACUUUUUUUUCAGAGUCUGCCUUUUUUCCAUCAAGAAAAGGGCUGCUGAAGUUUCAAGAAUGUUUUAAAAAUGUAUUAAAGAUGCAAGAUUAUGAAUACAUGUAUGAGGUUUGUCUCUGUUCUGUUUUGGAAGAUAGCUCACAUAUGGAUAACAAUGUUUACCAGAUUCAAACUGACAGGCAGGAAGAGAACCAGUGUGUGUCCACUUAGAUAUGAUCUGAAAAAGCUUUGCAUAAAGAGAACAUGAGGAAUUGGCAACAUUUGGUGUGAACUGCACUGACACACACUGGUGAGCCCUUUCUUCUCCCUACCACCACCAGAAAGUAAUACCCUUUAUUAAACAGCUCCUAUGUAGACACCUUGACAUAUCUACCAACAUGGGACUGAAUUAAGGCAAGUCAUGGACCAAAUUAUCUUCCCACUGUCAAUAACAACAAUAAUAGACCAUUCUGAACCUCUUUGUAAAGUAACAGAAAAGUGCUUCAGAAGCAAAGUUUCAAACACUUCAAAAGUAGUGUUGGUAGAUAUAUCUGGAGCCCCUAACCACGUCUCCCACCUGCAGUGGCUCAUCAGCACCACAGCACUGAAAAGCAGCUGAUUUUACCUCUGUCCUUUACCAUAUAUACAGCAGCUACCAAUUAAACCAGUAUUCCAGCUGUUUAAAUGUCAAGUGGAGUGGAAAAUUACAAGUGUGUGUAUUGUAUUCUGGUCUUCUGCUUGCCCUUACUCAACCUGAGAGGCAGCAGGCAAAAAGAAGCUACUUUUCAGCACUGUAGAAUAAACCCACUGUAGUGUGUGUGUGUGCUGUAUUACUUUGUAGGGCGCAACACCAUAGCAAGAGCAUGCAGAAGACAACAAACCAACUGCUGGUUGUUAGAGGUAUCUGUCCUAUUAGAUAGAGCUUAUCUCCCCUUUCAAUUCUGAAUAUUUGGUAUGAAAGAGAUGUUAAUUGUGGUUAAUUGUUAACUAGUGAUGUGAAUAUUAAUCAAGAAAUAAAAAGAUAAGCAAAA